AUGGAGGCAAACACAUUCUUGAGUAAUGACAUGAGGGGGUGGACUAUGAGCGUAAUCAGUGGAAUAGCAUGUGUCCUUGGUAGUUCCAUUAUCUGCAUCGAUCUAUUGCUUCAAUAUUUCCCCAGCAAGAAGAACUUCCGGAUACAGGAUAACAAUGCUUUCCUAGCUGCAUCUUUGAGCUUAAGUUUUGGUGUAAUGAUAUUCUCCUCAUUAUAUAGUAUGCUUCCAACGUCGAAGAAAUAUCUGGUUCAGGGUGGUUAUACAGCACAUGCCGCUGCAUGGGUUCUCUUGGCUUGUUUCGCCGCAGGAUUUAUUGGCAUACAAAUUGUUUCAAGGCUCAUGCACCAAUUUAUCCCAUCACAUGUCUCACACUGUGAUCAUUCUCAUAAUAUCGACACCGCACAUCAUGAUCACACCCAAAUCGACGGUAUUGAUGGCCCCCAUGAACACAGCCACAGCCGUACACACUCAAUGACGAGUUCUCAUGCAGCAUUACAUCAAGGGGCGUGUGUCUCGGAAGUUUCGCCACUACUUCUGCGAAGGUCAGGAGAGAUUGGGAAGCCUCUAUCCAAGGGUCUUGAACCGACAAACACAGAUUCUCAGCCAAGCAAUCGCCGCCAAUCUGAAACUAGUGGUAAACGACCAUCCUUGACACAAGUUCAAGCCAGGGUUAUGUCUUUUGUAAAAGAUAGAAAGGCCAAUUGUGACGAGAGUGGACCAUGUUUUGGAUAUUCCGAGCUUUGUGGACGAGAAUGCUCAAGAACUCCCAUAAAUGUAAGGCCUCUUUAUUUGACUCGAACCUCAACAGGUACCCUAUCAACUCUGUCACACCCUCUCAUCCUACCGGAUGAGGAUGAAGAUGUGACCCCGGGCAAUUCAGCAAGAUCAAACAAGGCUCCCUCUGAGACAGAAACGGCCAGUAAUAUCAACUUCGACAUUGAAUCUCAACAACAUCACCACCAUGUUCCUGAAAAUGCCUUUAUGGAUAUUGGUCUCCAAACAAGUAUAGCCAUUGGAUUGCAUAAGCUACCGGAAGGCUUUAUUACAUUUGCCACCAAUCAUGCAAACCCUGAAUUAGGAGUUUCCGUAUUCCUAGCUUUACUCGUCCAUAAUGUUACCGAGGGAUUCGCAAUGGCUCUACCAUUGUAUCUAGCACUUGGUAGUCGGCCUCGAGCUAUCCUUUGGAGUUCCCUCUUUGGUGGCGUCUCGCAACCAGCAGGAGCCGCAAUCGCAGCUGCAUGGUUCUCGAUUGCUGGACGAGAAGGUCACACGCCUAAUAUUGUAGUUUAUGGAUGCAUGUUUGGUGUCACGGCAGGUAUUAUGGCAAGUGUCGCAUUGCAUCUUUUUGCGGAGUGUUUAGGCUUGAACCACAACAGGAGUUUGUGUAUUUCAUUUGCAUUUAUUGGCAUGGCCUUAAUGGGCAUGAGCAAUGCUCUUACCUCUGAUUGA